GGGGAAAUGCAGGGAGACCUUGUGAAAAAUCAACUUGAUCAGACUAGUUCUGAUUACGUUUCUUCCUCGACACCACCACCCAGCAACCUGUCACUUCGGGGUUCCGUGAACUUUGAUCGUCAAUUCACAGAGAAAAGACAAUAUUUCCUUGUCACAAAUAGACAUUGUGUGAACACUUCAACCAAGUAUACGGACAUCUUAUUUCCUUCGAAACCAACAACGACGUUACCACAACCACAGAUCACAUAUGCAGCAGGCUCCAAUGGUGAAUCGCAGAUUUCAGUCGUUAGAUUUUUACAAAAUGGAAAUGGACAAGAUUCCUUUCUUUUGUGUUGCGUAGAAAGGCCAUCUGACGCAUUACGCUGCGAAAAUUCUGUACGAUCAUCUCGUGAAUGCAGUCGAGCUGAUCAAUCGUCUCUCGCUCAAAAUCAACUUAGUCAGUCAUCUUGCUCUUCUAAUAAAUCUCACCAAUUAUAUCGCUCUCCCAAGGAAAGUGGCCAUUCAAAUUGCUCUUCUAAUGAAUCUGACCAAUCAUUUCGGGGUACCAAUCCAAAGAACCAAUCGUUUUCUACUUCAGAAAGCAAUGUCAAUCACUUCAAGGCAAAAUAUAAUCGAUACUGUAGUCCAAAAGCAGAUAACACAGUAGCGUCAAGCACUGAUUCCUCUGCGACAGUCAAUAGACUGGAUUGUAGUACAAACGUUAUUGGUUGCUCUUUAUCUACUGAUAUGGUACAAUCACCAUCAGGUCACAUAUUCAAAUUGACCUGUAAUUCCUAUCUGAACAAUGAAAACGGUUUGCCUCCAAUAUCCACAGAUGACCCUAUCACAGCCAACAACCACCUUGAUACCAUGGAUCAUAUGCAAGAUAACUUUGAUGACGACGAGGUAUAUACCUCGUUACCACGUGACCUAUGGUAUCUUGAAAAAAGCGAACUCCUUGCCAUGCCCGACGGAGAUUUUGCAAAGUAUUUGGAUGACAAGGACCACGAUCUUCUUGCACCACAAAUAGAGAGAUCAGCUGGAGAGGAUGGCGUCGUGCCCUCCUCACCAAUAAGGUUGCUAAGCAACCCGUGCACUCCCGACAUAAGUGUGGUAGACAGCCAGGAGUUGGAGUUGUUCGAUUGUUGCGAUGAAAGUAUGUAUAAAUCACCUUUACCUGUCAUCACGGACUCUCCGCAAUAUGGUACAUUAAACUGGGGCUUAAAGCCGACUAUUAUUUAUAAAACACCGGAUGGUUCGACGUUUUUGGAAGACGAUUGCAAUAAUUUCAAGAAGUACAGCAUCAGUGCUGGUAACGUCCAAAUACUGACGCCAUCUCCGUCCAGCGACGACAAGUCACGAAGGAUGUCGUGUCGGAUGAAAGAUAAACGGCCACGUAACAAACAAAGAGUUUACCGAAAAAGAGAUGAACGUGUCGAAGAUGUUCAUGAAGUUCCUGCAAAUGAAUCAACUGAUAAUAAGAAUAUCGGAAAAGUUUUCGACUCAAAUGAGGAUCCAAUGUGGUUUGAAUAUGAAAAGGAGAAAAGCCUUUUAUGCGAACAAGAAUUUUCUUUUCCCCAUGGACAAAAUAGCGAAUCGGGGGCUUCGGAUAAUCACAAAAACUACGAGACGUACCUUGAUCUCACCAAUGUUGUGAAUUCUAUAUCUCAGGAGCCAUUAGAAGAACCAAGCGGCACUCUGAGUUCGACAGUGGAUCUUGGGGUAUCUUGUGAAGGGAUGCCAAGAUUACGUGACCUCGAGGUGAUCCAACCAGAGAAAAAUUUAAGCGUUAGAAAACGCAAACGCUCUAGGACCUAUUCCAAAACGACGAAAGCAAGUAAAAGUCGGAGAAAAAACACUCAACCAAAAAAGAAAAACGACUUUCAAGACUCAUACAACGAUAGAAGCAAGAACGUUCCUAUCGAAAACAUUGACGGUUAUUCUCCAUCAAAUAACCAAUGCGUUACGCCACUCUUGCCAAGCUGUCUUUUCUCGGUUCCAUGGUCAACUAUGGAUGACGUCUUAUACAAUAACGACAAUCUGUCAUCAGUCUCAGAUGGAUUUUCACACGGGUGUCCUCAGAUGGUCCCUACGCUUCAAACCACGCAAACCUCGUCACAAACAUUUGAAAGACUUGCUUCUCAACCUAUGGAAGGGAACACGAAACCAAGAAGUGACUGGUUCCACCAGUUGGGUGAUCUUGUCCAGAUGGAAAUGCUGCCAGGUCGUGCAGAAAGAUCGGAUGUUGAAAUCAACAGCUUCGAAAAGAAUGCAACACCUAAUGGAUUAAUGUCGUUUUUCACGGAGAAACGAAAUUCAGUUUUGAUUGAUAAUCCUAAUCUUCAAUCUAAACCUUACGAAAUCACGAAGAGAUUGAUUGAGAUGUGGAAAAACCUGAGUAGAAGGGAACGAACACAUUUUGCGCAAAAGGAGACGCAAUUAAAGAGAAAUUGAUAUUAUUAAUAAGGUAAAUUGUUUCAACCACAUGUUAGUAUUUUAUUUCACAAUGUUAAUAUAAUAUAAUCAGCACUAUUAAAUGGAUCUAUUUAUAACUAAUAUCUAAUAUGACAAACCAUAAUAGUCCAAUUUUUAAGACGUUGUGUAUUUGUAAAGGCGUUGUGUAUUUGUAAAGGCGUUGAAAUUGUUGUGGAAUAGCAUACUAAUUAUAUCACAUUGUUUUGAAGUUACAAA